UUUGUCUUAUAUGAAGAAUACUCUUUCACACAAUGUCAUUCAAGAAUUAAAAUGGUAUCGGCAACGUCGAUCGAAUAAAAUAGAUAUUUGCUUAGGACUGUUUCAAGUUGAUGACAAAGAAUCAACAUGGCAUCAGCUACGCCCUCAGCUUCAGAAUUCGCUCAGAGCGAAAUGCCAGGGUCGCUUGCAGGAGAAGCGACGCCCGGGGCGCCGGCGACAUCGUUUCCACCGUACCCUCCAUACGCGACGGAGCCGGCGCCGCCGUCAGUGGCAGACACCAUCGUUGCCGGCCGCGACCUACGCGUCCAGCACAAGUCUAUGCCGAAGAGGCCAGUGCGACCGCCGCCUAGGCCAGCAAGACCCAGAGGUCCAAAAGCGACAGACGUGAAGAUGUCCCGAGCGGCGACGCGCGCGCACGCCCGCUGCCUGCGCCGGCACGGGGCUGUGCUGACGGACCGGCUGGAGUACAUGUCGAAGCCCCCGCGCCGGUCCAUCAUCUAUCUGUGGCGGGAACACGCGCACACCUUGCCGCCGGAGACGAUUUCACGACUACGAUCAAUGCUGGAUGCUGACGAGCCAUUCAAGCCAGAUCAAGCCUACGAGUACUUCAUUAAUUUGAGGAAAACUAAGAAGAGGAAUGCUGCGAUCCGCGUGGGCCAAGUGAGGAGGGACCUUUUGGCCAUAUGCGCCGACAAGCGGUUCGUGUGGGCGCGCAACGCUACCGUGGCUUUCGCGCAGGGGAUCCAACAGCGCCUGUCGAGACCUGGACGCUAUGCUCUUGCUGACAAAAUGCUAAGAUUGUCGAACAUCAUCUUGGACGAGAUCUGCGGCUGCAUGCACACGAAGGCUCCCUCGCGGCGGAACACCCAUCCUAAAGCUAGAUUCAUGAUGGAAAUGGCUGACAAGGUGGCCGUCUGGAUUGAUGAGAUACUCGCGGAGUCAGACGAUCGCAUGCUGAUGAUGGACUUUGACGAAGAUGAUGAUGUACUAGAGGCGGAUGCUGCGGGCGGUGGUUAUGGAGACGCAGGAUUUACUGACGACUUCCUUAACAUGAUGGGCGGUGGAGGUCUAUUCAAAGGGCCUUCCCCGGCAUAUUUGAAAUUUACUGGCGAGAUGUUGGAAGUAUUCAUGAUACUAUGCGAUUCCAUGAACAAGAAAGGAGACGCCCAGCUUUUGAAACACGGGAAGUUCACCCAGACUUACGCGGAAGGGGCUGAUGAACUAAAAAAGGCACCAGACUUCGAGGCGCACGAUAUCGAUACGACCCUAGCUGCCCAGCUGCACAAGGACCUCGAUGAAGUGUCCAAGCCCAACACGCCGGCACAUUUGGCAGCGCAUAUGAAAGAAAUGAUAAACAUAUGCGGAAAUUACUUGGCGCAGCACGCGGAAUACAAUAAGGAUAAGGGUCCUGCAUUUCGGUUGCUAAUAGAGAAUAUGAGGAAGAAACCCAACGAAAAGCUAUAUGAAAGAGGAAAAGCUAAACGUACCUUUGGCACCGCCGCUACUGAGCUUGAGAACGCCAAAGGUUUGGAGACCGACCACGACGAGCCCAAUUUAUCACAAGAAAUACAUUCUGCGCUUUCGAAAACGGUGGAAUCUGUCACACCUGCAGAUUUAAAGAAUGACAUGGCAGAAACCCUCGAUCUUUGCUCGAAGUAUCUUUCAGAGAGGGCAAUAGAUGAAAAUGAACGCGGACCAGCCUUUGACCUCCUCAUCAAAACUUUGGAACAUUUGGGACAUGAAACUUUUACCCCCGCCUACACCCCAGUGGCCCAUUGCUUCGAGGCAGCUUACGUAUUGAAAUCUGCUCCCGGGCUCACUACUAGCAACCCGGAACCGUCGACAGUGCCUGUUUUUAAAGAAGCUUUGCACAAAGCGGUCGACAUCUCUACUCCAAAGAAUCUCAAGAGAGACAUGGAUGAGGUUAUCGACAGAUGCGCUAACUACUUGUCAGCUUUUGUCCGAGAUAGAGAUAAAGCGAUGCAAGCCUUGCUCCAAAUGAUGAAGAAGAAUGGCUCCAAAGAGCUAGCUAAAAGGAAUAACUUCGCUCUUACUUAUGGAGCGGGUGCUACGGAAGUAGAAACGUCACCUUCUAUAGUUCCGUAUGCGCCUAUAAAAGAUGUAGCAGAUGAAAUGAAGGGAAAAUUGACUACCGAUAUGGAGGGACAAACGCCACCUGCUUUGGCAUUGGCCACUAAAUCCGCUAUUCAAGACGUGUCUAAAUUUCUGUCACAAGUUGUGGCUUUGAGAAGUGGAAUCGGCGGUGAGAGAUAUGCCAUGAAUUUUUUGGCGGCGGUUGUUAGGUCAGUAGGGAAGAAACCUCUGUACAAGUACAAACACUAUGGACAGACCUACAAGGACGGCGGAGAGACAUUACGAUUCGCUGGCCCUUUAGAUUACAACCCUAAGAGUGACAACCUGAUGUAUCAGAUUUCUUCAGAAAUGAACAGAGGCGUUCCUUCUAAACUGUCUCCUGGAAUUACCGCUAACGUUCAAGAGACAAUGUCGGAUGCCUCCAAACAUUUGGCGCAAAUCGGGAUGGAGAAAGGAGAGGCUAUGGACCACUUGCUAAAGGCGAUGCGGGAAGAGGGGGGUGACGCUCCAUUAGGCAAUUUACAAGGAUACACUCAAUCUUACGUAGAUGGCGCCAGAAGAAUUGAAAAUGCUGAUACCUUAGAAAACGAGAAAGUCGACAAAGGAGCUUAUGAGGGUGUGAGAGGGAAGAUUACGGAUGUCUCAGCAAAAAGGCCUGCGCCUGAGCAUGCCAAACAUAUGCCAGGGAUCAUCGAUGAUGCGUCUAAGUUUCUGGCAUCUCCAUACCCUGAGACUGAGAAAGAGAAAAGACAGGUGCUGGCAGAUCUUAUGGCGAGAAAAGGCGACGACAUAGUAGGCAAAGAUGGGCAUUACAAAAUGACUUACAAAGAGGGCGGAGCAGAGAUAAUGAACGCUCCUGUGGGUGUAACUACCGCCCACGACGAGGCAAAACGCAAGGAAAUGCUCGGCAAGGUGGAGGGAGUCAUUCCCGAUGCGAAGCUGAAGGCUGUUCUCAAAGAUACGGCACAUGAAGGAGCCGCUCACUUGACUGAUAAGAUCAAAGGAAGAGGUGAAGCGAUGCAAGUAAUUCAUGACGAGUUGCAGAAAGAAAAAGGGAAGGAGUUUCUCUCAAUCGGCAAGUUCAAAGCAACUCAUGAGGAAGCAGCAGGAAUGAUAGGAAGCGCGCCAUAUUUCGGCGGACAACGCCCUAAUGCUUUUAUAGAAGACAAGGUUGGAGACAAAUUGAAAGCUCUUAAUUUGAAAGGGGGUUCUCCGAUGGCCCAAAAGAACAUGGCCGAUACGGCCGAUAUUACCAAGAAAUACUUGGCGGGUGUCGCGACCACCGAGUGUGGAUUGGACCCAACACAACUGGCUGCAUUGGACCCUGCUUUAGCAAAUAUGAAAAAAGGGGCUGGUGGCAGAGGAGGCAAAGGCGGAGGCGCUGAAACUGAGGAAGAACGUCGUAGAAGAGAAGCAGAGGAAGCUCGGCUACGAGCUGCGGGAGGAGGCGGAGGCCCUGAAUCUGAAGAGGAACGUCGCAGAAGGGAAGCAGCGGAGGCGGAGGCUCGGCGGCGAGCGGGCUUGGGCGCUGAAACUGAGGAAGAACGUCGUAGAAGAGAAGCAGAGGAAGCUCGACUACGAGCGGCGGGCGGAGCGGGUGCAGGAGGGGCAUUCGGAGUGGGCGGCCCUGGUGGUUUCGGGGCAGGCUCAGAGAGUGUGGGAGCGCGCAGGCGCCGGGAGGAAGAGGAGAGAAAACGACGCGAAGCCCUCGCGCGUGAAAUGGACCCCGAACGUCGCAUGGCCCAGGAGAUCCUGCAGGCUCAGCUGAAGGCAAAAGGACACGAGACUCUGUACAAGCAGGCUCCCACCGAACUCAGUCACGUGCAGGCUGCGAACUGGUUGGCUGACCCACCUACGAAGGUGGACAAAUCGGUGAAGGAGUCUGGAGACACGGACCGCCUGCACAAGAAGUUUGAAAGGAAACUCAGUAAUCUAGUCAGCAAGGCCACUCCGCCCCAUAUGUACGAUACGAUGCAAGACGUUGUUAUCGAAUCGUCAAGGCAGCUCUCUGAAUACUUUGUUUCGAGCAACUACAAGGUGCUUGCGCGGGAGGGUCUCAUCUCGGAAAUGCAGAAGAAAGGCAAUGAGAUUCUCGUAGACGUGGACGGCACGGCUGAGACGUUCUUCUUCGCCGCACAGAGACUGAAGAAAGCGGAACAACCAUUAAAAGCGAAAGAGCCGUGCAGUCAAGUGGCAUAUCAGCUGAUCAAAAAACUGGACGACAUGAUACGCUGUCGCUCCAUGGCGCGGAAACUCACUGCUACUAUGAAAGAUCACAUCAAAGAGGCUGCCGAAUACUUAUCAGGACUCGUUACCAAGCCAGAUCCAGAAAUAGAAGCUUACGUGGCUCUGCUUGGUGAAAUGGAAUCCAGAGGAGACUCGCUUCUGGUCGAAGGAGCCAUUCCCAAGUCUUACUUUGAUGCUGCUAAUUAUCUACGGCAGUUAACUUCGUGGACUGAUCACAUCAACAGACCUAAAUCUUCUUUACAAUCUUCCAUUGAGUCCAAAUUGAAGACUAUGAUGUCCAAUGUGGAGCCACGUGGCUACACCAAGGCUGUGAUGGAUGGUGUCAUCCAAUCAUGUACGAAGCUGCUGGUUUCCUACAUGAUGCUCCAAGCGGAAAAAACGGAGGCGCUCAAGGUCUUGAUAGAGCAGAUGGAGAAGGCUGGUGACGGCGUGUUGUUGCGUCACGGAACCAUUCAUAAGUCCUACAGCGCAGGCGCAGAAAUUCUGCGAGGAAAGAACUCUGAUCAACUCAGCGUGCCCAACGCCGAUCCGGUGGUGGCGAGGAAGAUACAAAUCAAGUUCAAUAACCUCAUGAGUAACGCCACUCCGGACAAAUACAAGAACCUCAUGGACGAUGUCAUCGAGGACGCGACGAUGUAUCUGGCUGUGCACUUCUUGCAUCCACAGGUGAUCCAAGUGUGCAAGUGCAUGAAGAACGUGUUCGUGCAGUGCGAGCUGUGGUGCGACGAGAUCCUGCGGCGCGUGGCGCGGCCGUGCUGCACGUGCUCGCGGCACGUGUCCGUGCAGGCGCUGGCCGACCUCGCGCCCGCCACGCGCCUGCGCCUCAGCCCCGGCUCCUCCCGCGCCUUCGCGCCCGGCCUGCAGAUCUCGCUCUCCACCUGCCCCAAGCUCAAGCAGCGCGGCAAGUCCAGCCAGGACCUGUGCCCCGCCCCCGACCCCACCUCAGGCUGCAACCAGGUCUCCGCCUCCUACCUGCUCUACUCCACCUCGUACGACCGCUCCCGCAGCCCCGGGCGCCUCCCUCGCCCCUCCGAUAAGACGAGCUCCUUCGAAACUACCACCUCGUCGACAAGUCUUCACGACAAGAUGUUACCGCCAUCGCAACCGGAAAACCGGACGCGAGCGGUCUCUUCCGAUUCGACGUCGCAUUUAGAGCCGGAACAAGAGACUUCGAACUCGACGAACGCUUCGUUCCACACGCCCGCUUCAGAGGGUUCAAGCAACGCGAAGUCGAAGAAAAGAGAGAGUCCGUUUUGGCAGACGUCGACGACGAUGUACGCCAACAUUGAUCGAGAAGAUAGAAAUGUGCAAGCGCCGAGCGAGCGGGCACAUCGAUCGACGUCGCGCAGUUCACAAAAGCGGGCCUUCAGCUCCAGAGCUAUUUCUCCAGGGACGCCGAUCGUGUCGACGGACCAAAUGGGCGACUGGCACGCGAUGAUGGUGAGCCUCAUGUGGAAUGUGCAGGCGUGGCGCGACUGGAUCCAGGAGAACAUCGAGAAGGCUCUCGCAUGGAACCCGCCUGAUGAAUCUCCUGACAACUGGGCGACGUUUCAACGAAGAGUGUCACAGGAGUCGUUGCAAUGGCGACAGUACAACAUCUUCAGUCGGCAGCUCACUCUACGUCUAGCUCUCCGGUACAGAGACAAGCAGAUAGUAUCGCCGACGAGAGCCACCGUGAAGACUGACAUUUACAUGGAGUGCCAGCGAGAGAUGCUGGACAUCAUAGACAUGUUCAACAGGUGGACACAUUGGCUGAACGUUGUCAUAAAAGAAACGGACACGCUGCAGUCAAAACCUGGAUCCGAAGUUUCUCUUCAAGUUUUACGAUGGAAUCAUUUCAAGGAGAAAGUUCAAGAAUAUGCCGACGAUUGGUCAAAAUACAACACGCACUUAAAACUUUGUUGGGAACACAAAUACAAAACUAUUAUUUCAGACUGGCUGCCGGCGUGGCUGCAGCACGGGCCGGUGUGGGUGGUGAGUGCGUGCGGCGCCGUGCCCAGCGGCGCGGUGGCCGCGGGCGUGUUCGACGGUGAGGUCACGUGGGUCGCACGCACCACACACAAAUGCAACGUGCUUCCAGCAGCAUUGCAUCCGUCGAAACAUUAUUGUUUAGUGUACGCUGACGGAGCAGUACAUCAUUACACGAAAUAUCAAGUUAUGUGCAACGCUGAGGUGAAGUGGCUGGCGUGGCGGGCGGGCGAGGUGGGGGCCCGGGCGGUGAAGGUGGCCCCUGGUAUCUACGUGGGCAGGGUCCACUACAGGGGCUCCCACCUGCUGGGGCCCGUGCACGCGCCCUCCUACCGCUGCCACGUGGUCAUCUUCGGCAGGCCCUUCGCCUUCAACUGCUAUGAACUCCUGGUACUCGCCGCGAAUAACAAUUAAUUUCUACACCGCAUUUUUGGGAGGGUAUUGUGAAAAAUUUGACCCGUACGGGUUGAGGUGACGUAAUCCACCGAUUUCAUUUGGGGUGAUACUCGAAUUUUGAGAAUUGAAAGCGUAUUUGCAUUGACAAGGCUGGCGAUCAAAUGAGAUCUCUUUUAUGGAUAUGUAAUGUCGAAAUCGGUCCGCGGGUUGACAUAAGGCUCAAAAUUGACCAAUCGACUGGUAUAAAAUAAAAUGCAUGGUAAUAACUAAACACGAUAAUUUAAUUACACUUUAUAUCGUUUAUGAAUGCUUUCGUCAUGAGGCAUCACUGCUAUACAAGAAGUACCUUUGCUUAUUUAUAUUUGAUCGCGCCGCCUGUCGUAAACUUUUUAAAAUAUUUUUUUAUUUAUUUAAAUCGAACCGACGUUGCGUUUUGUAGGUCUUUAUAUUUUGACGUGUUUAAUUUGUAACGUCUUUUUAUAAUGUUUAUAUUCAAUUUAAUAAAUAAACAAGUACUUAAUAUAAAUUAAA